AUGUCGCUAAAUGGAGACUGUUUAAGUAAAGAGGACGAAGAGAAUAUUAUGGAAAGUUCGAGGUCACUGCCAGAAAUAAAUAGAUCGAAGUUUGUGAGUUUGACCGAAAAUUCUAAAGACGAAAGACCUCGAAGCGAAAUCAAUGAUGCGGCUCGAAGCAGAAGGUUAACCGCUAAAGGCGAAGCGUAUGUCGAAAACAAGUUACUUCAGGAUCGAACGUUAGCUGGCGCCGCUCUUCGAAGGAAAAUUACCUACAUAAAUCGUAUGCUCGAACAGCCGAAUGAAAUUUCAGUUUUAGAAAAGCUACGAGAAGACUUAGAUUCAUUGCGAGAAAGAUUAGACGAAGCACAUCAAAUCUAUUAUUCAAAAAUUAAUCCUGGUGAAAUCAAUGAAGCGUACCAAUGGUAUGAUAUCCGAGAUCGUGAACAUUUUCAAUGCCGUAGAAGAAUUAACGAAGCAAUAAAGCAACAAGAACUUGUGAUGGCACCCGAACGUUUUUCACAGAGAAGUUCGCGUUCAAAAUCAUCACGUUCGUCGGGAAGUUCCUCGUCGUCCGUGCGUUCUAGAUUAGCGAAAGCCGCAGCUAAAGCUGCAACACUUCAAAUCGAAAUGGAUUUUAUUGAUCGAGAAGCAGAGCAUAAAAGGCAGAAAAUGUUAAAGGAAAUCGCCAAAGCUAAAGCCGAAGAAAAAGCUAUGAAAAAAUUAGAGGAAGAAUUCGCGUUAAAAGAGACAAUUUCGACCCACCAAAAUAAUGAUAUGGAGGCUUAUUUUGAAGCAAACAACCAUCGCGUGAUAAAUGUUAAAGAAUCUGGUCAACCGAGACAUGUUGAGCGUACAGUCCUGGACUCGAGUUCGUGUAUUCACAAAGACGAUCCUAUUAAGCAAGAGUUCGUUCCCGAGCAAAUUGAUCCUACACUAUUGGAAAGUCAACAAGAUGGGUUCAUCCCAAAGGUCGAGUUGAAUAAAGCACGAGAUAACUCAAAUCAUAAGCAACAAAAUGAAACUGGUACUAUUGGUUCAGUAUUGAUGCAAUUGGAAAAACAACAAGUUUUGAACUCUUUGCCCCAACAGCAACCACCCGUGUUUUCUGGAAAUUAUUUCGAUUAUCCUUACUUCGUGAGUGCAUUUGACUCGUUGAUUGAAGCCAAAGUUGACGACCGGAAGCAGAGACUUUAUUAUUUGAAUCAGUUUACGGUGAAGCCAGGGAGAUGA